CCUCGAGUCAAAAACUCAUCAAAAUCCAGACUUAUCUUUAGAUAAUCAAAAUGCUUUCUCGACAGAAUUAGAAAAGCCGAUACCACUUCUAUUACUAUGUAAUGCAAAUACUGUGACCAAUGGUCACGAUCGAAAAGAGAUUAUACCAUCACUAUUACCAUCUGAUGCAAAAACCGUGACUAAUGGUCACGAUCAAAAUAAUGUUUAUAUAAACUCUGUUAAUAUCUCUGAAAGUAUCAUUUCUUCUAAAAAUGAUUCUACAUCUUUAGAUAUCAGUGAACCUGGUGAAAUUAGCAAGUCUU